AGACAGAUUUUUUCCAUCAGCAACGCAACACGUCGAACGUCGUGUGGCGCUUUUCUUCGUUUCGUUUUCUCCUGCCCGGAUUCGGUGAAAGGGUUUUGUAGUUUUCGUCGGUGAAACAAGUGGUUAUAAUUCUGAAAUUGAAACAUUAAAAUCGGCAGUCAAACCGGAAGUAAGUGUUUGAAGUGGCAGUGAAGAAGAAGUUUGAAGAUCACGCAGGUGGCAAAAACAAUCCGCGACUGGACCGCUCCCCAUUUUUCAGGCGUGAAAAGAGAAAUUGCUUUCCAUAAGAAGACCGCAAUGGCAUUCGUUGUCAUUGCAGAAAGAUUGCGAAAAUCACUGGAUGUCGAUGAUUAUCCUGCUGCUCCAUACGGAUGCUGAGCUCAAUAAAGUGAAGUGAGAUUCCAUUUGCCUCCUCCUGGCAGGAACAAGGACAUCAUGGUGAAGAAAUUUGAUUAGCCUCCCACCAGACACGAAUGGCCCCUUUAUAGAGGAGGAAUAAACGGAUUUGUUCCCCUCCCUGACUCCCCAAAUCCUUGUCCUUUGGUGUGUGUUGUAGAACUCCAUAUCAUUCCCGAAGGAUAUCCUUGUCGUUACACAUUUUAUGUUUCAUAACCCGAUAAGGCGUAGUGACGACAAUUUCCUUUACAAAGUAUUGCAAGUGAUAAUCCUAUUCCUUUCCCCCGUACCAUUCAUUUGGAAGACGUGAGUGCGCAGAGUUCCAUCUUGCUUCCCCAAGAGGUUUCUCCAGACGAAACAAAAAAGCACGAGAAAGUGAAGGAAUUUGCGGUGUAAACACACAUCGCCACUGACCAAUCAAAGAAGCACUUAAGUAAAAGAAGGUAGAUAAAGUUGAAGAGAGUGGUCCAACCAGACGACGGUGGUGUGUUUCUCGGUUGUUUUUGUUCUACUUUUUCGCCUCGUUGGCGUUUUGAUGUGACGGAGCAGAGUGCAAAGCGGAAAGCACGAAGAAAGCUGCUGACUUUACCCUUUAGCUCUCCCUGUCUUCUGGAUUGGGUCCACACGGCACUAGUGGACAGAGAAAGGAGAAAUAAAUACAUCGACCUCCCCAGCAGCAGCAGCAUCAACCCACAGGAUUCACGAUCCACCGCACAAAACAGAAUCUCUCAGUCUGAAUCUUUCACCUAGAGCAAUCGCUUAACAUAUAUGGACCAAUGGGGAAAUCUCCUACCUAAAAAGCCACAACAGUCAUUAUUUCUACAAAGGAACAUUCGGACGCGAAGAUACUGAAACAAACAGUAGUAAUACCGAUAUUGUUUCUAGCACCGGAACGACAAAGUUGCACAACAAUGGCUGGACCAGAAAUCACCUUCAUCUUCCAGUUCGGUAACCUGCGGGACAUCGUUACCGUAUCCAGCCAUGCACUGACGCUGAAAACGCUCAAGGAUCUAGCCUGUGAUUUUAUCAAUACUAAGGUACCCGAAAACGGUUUAAAUCGUUUAUCAGACCGUUUGCUCCUAUUCCGCCAUGACUACACUUCGUCCAACGUACUUCAAAUGAUCAACUCCGCGGCCGAGAUUGUCGACGAAACCCUUGUGGAAGUCGUGCUCACAGCCAAUCCAAUCAACGCCCCCGGAUCCGAUGACAUUCCGCUGGUGCGGCCGCACGCCCUGGCCGUCCACUCGUACAAAGCACCCACGUUUUGCGACUUUUGCGGUGAGAUGCUGUUCGGUUUGGUACGGCAGGGCCUCAAGUGUGAAGGAUGUGGCCUAAACUAUCACAAGCGUUGUGUCAUCAAAGUGCCAAACAACUGCAGCCGGGUGGAGCACACCGGAGUGCUGAAUGCUGGCAGUUGCAGCAGCGGCAAUCGGCGCACGUCCUCGCAACCCGCUAGGAGCCCCUCGGGAGGUUCAAGUACCUCGCUCAUCUCCGACGAUCAGGCGACCAGCGGAUCCGGCUCGCUGCUGCUCAAUCCAAAUGUCCAAUCGACGGCCAACAUUCGGCAGAGCCGAUCGCCAUCGCUUGGCAGCCGGGGUGGCGCCGUCGGAGGCAUCAAAAUACCUCACAGUUUCUCCAUUCACACCUAUACCCGUCCCACGGUAUGUCAGUAUUGUAAGAAACUCCUCCGCGGUUUGUUCAAGCAGGGAGUGCAAUGUCGCGACUGCCACUACAAUGCACACAAGAAAUGUGUGGACCUCGUGCCGAAGGAUUGUACUGGAGAAAAUACCCAACCGGUAGAUCCGCAUGACGAUCGCAACCUGCUCGGGGAGCGUGAAAUGACCUACAAGGAAGACACAGGCGACGAAAGCGACGUGGAUGACAAUCUCUGCGGAAGCGGGUUGAUGAACAACAACAAUAAUAAUAGUAUCAACCAGAAUCGAAACGUGAACCUGAUGGACAGUGGUCCACCGGUAAAAAUCAACGGUAUCAUCUCUCAGCUGCGCGAUGACGAGUCGUCCGAUCGGCUUGAGGUCAUAUGUGAGCAAUCUCGACAAUCCAGCAACUCAUCGUCUUCCCCGAGUGCGAACAUUCCCCUGAUGAGGAUCGUCCAGUCCGUGAAGCACACCAAGCGGCGCGAUGGGCGGGCAAUUAAAGAAGGUUGGUUGGUGCACUUCACCAACAAGGACAAAUCUGUCAAGCGGCACUACUGGCGGCUGGACUCGAAGGCGAUUACGCUGUUCGUGUCGGACCAGGGCAGCAAGUACUACCGGGAGAUUCCGCUGAACGAGAUUCUUACGGUUGACGCGGCGAGGAAUCUGCAGAGCGAAGUGCUGCACUGUUUCGAAAUCCGGACGGCCAACGUGGACUAUUUUGUCGGGCAGGACCCGUUGUACAAUCUGAAGGAAGGAGAUCCUAUGCUAGCUCUUCCACCGCCGGACAGUGGAAUCGGUGCAUACUUGGCCAAAAGUUGGGAAACAGCCAUCAAGCAGGCGCUAAUGCCGGUGACCAACAUACGGUCGGAAUCCGCCGGUGGAGAACCGGAAGAGAAGGUCACCGACAUGAGCCAGCUGUAUCAGAUUUUCCCGGAUGAAGUGCUCGGCUCGGGCCAGUUUGGCAUCGUGUACGGAGGAGUGCACCGGAAAACGCACCGGACGGUUGCCAUCAAAGUGAUCGACAAGCUACGCUUCCCCACGAAACAGGAAGCGCAGCUCAAGAACGAAGUAGCGAUACUGCAGAAUCUGUCGCAUGCUGGCGUGGUAAAUCUGGAGCGGAUGUUCGAAACACCUGAACGGAUAUUUGUCGUGAUGGAAAAGCUGAAAGGCGAUAUGCUGGAGAUGAUUCUUUCGCACCAGAACGGACGACUGAACGAGCGGGUUACUAAAUUUUUGAUUACUCAGAUUCUCGUUGCUUUGAAAUACCUGCACAGUCGGAAUAUUGUGCACUGUGAUUUGAAACCGGAGAAUGUACUUCUAUCGUCGGACAACGAGUUUCCCCAGGUGAAGCUGUGUGAUUUUGGCUUUGCGCGAAUUAUCGGAGAAAAGUCCUUCCGGCGAUCCGUCGUUGGAACGCCUGCAUAUUUAGCUCCGGAGGUCCUUCGGAACAAGGGCUACAACCGCUCGUUGGAUAUGUGGAGCGUCGGGGUAAUCAUCUACGUGAGUCUAAGCGGUACCUUUCCGUUCAACGAAGACGAAGACAUCAACGACCAGAUCCAGAAUGCGGCCUUCAUGUACCCUCCGAAUCCGUGGAAGGAAAUAUCUUCUGAUGCGAUCGAUCUCAUCAAUAAUCUGCUGCAAGUGAAGCAACGGAAACGAUUCACCGUGGACAAAUCCCUGCUGCACUGUUGGCUACAGGAUCUGCAAACCUGGAAUGAUUUGCGCAUCCUGGAGAGCCAAGUCGGGCUGCGUUAUCUCACCCAUGAGUCCGACGAUGCUCGUUGGAGCAACUCGUCCAUCAGCGGUGGUAUCCCAUGACCUGAAUCAGCUACAGUCACCACAACAGCAGUCACCAUGACUGGUAGCGACGGAGGAGCGGUUGGCAAUAGCAGCAGUAACAACAGCAACAGCAGCAGCAACAACCAGUCCUCGCCGAAAAUGAACGACUUCCGCGGCAAGGCUUACAAGUGGGUACGUGGGCGUCUCUGUCGGUUAAUCAAGGCCUAGGGUUACCCCUUCCUAAAACCAGGUGGGUGGGUAACAUACUUAUAGAUUUACAUUCUACACACACACAAAAACUACCCGAGCAAGCGCAGGUACGCCAACAGAGUGAGAUGCGGAGGAGAAAGCAUCCUUUAGAUCCAUCCCCAGGAAUUCAAGCGAUAGAUACAUAUAUUCUUCCCAGUGUGCAAAUGUUAAGCAUUUGACAAUGGAACUUAAAACCUGUAAAAUAUGUAAUUAUAGCCAAAACGAUUCGAAGACAGGCCAUAUCUUUGCCUGAGCAACGUCUUGUAUUAUAUGCGAUGAAAAAAAGUUCAAUCAAUAUUAUCACAACAUUAGCCAAGAAUAAUGCAAUUAAGUCGAUACGUGAACAAUAUAAAACAAACAAAAUGAAGGAAUUGAUAUCGCGAACAGGUUGAUUCAAGCUGAUAAGUAGAUAAAUCACUACAAAAGUAGGUACUAUUAUUACACUUGCUAACAAGUAAAUUGAAUUAUUCGGCGAAAAGCGGUCAUCACACUACUGUGGACAACGCUAUUCUCAAACUAUGUUAUCCUACUUAUCAUAACUUCCGUGCCAAAUUCGGCCAAGUGGACAUACACAAUAAGCAUAUACGUAUCUUUUAACUGCAAACGGGACUGGAGGAAGGCGUUUUUAUCUAUUCCAUGAAAAAAUUGUUUACAUUAUUAUGUUUUUUUUUUAUUUAGCUGGAUAAGAUCUAACUUUUAAGGGAUGUCUAGGUGUACACGUACCUGUUUCUUUGCGUACUGCUAGCUAGCUUAAUGUAAGUUUGUUGAAUUUUGGUUUUUGUAACUGCUUUAAGCUUUGUUUUUUUUUACAUAUUGGAGGAUUGAAGCCGUUUCACGGCAAAUUAAUUGACUAUACUGAUUAGAUAUGCGAUAAUUAACCUUGACCUUGAGUUGGCUGAAGCAAGGGCAGACUGACUAUCUGGACGGAAGCAUAUCACUUAACCAAUUAUACGGGCUUUUAAAAUGCGGAUCACAUUUCACAUGUAAGAGCAAAUAUUUCCUUCUGAAAAUAAAACGUUCCAGUGUCUACCAAUCGAGUAAAACUGAUGCAGCUUUAGCUCACGAGCUUAUACAAAACCACCAACUCUACCUUCAAGGAGGAAGCCAUCAGUUUAUUAUACAAUACAGUUUCAUAUACUUCCUUCUAGAUAGCCAUAUAUUCACUCUGCAGCCAGAGCAUUAAUCACAUUUUUUACGAUUUGUGCUUGAAAAUUGUUACCAAUUUGCUACAAUGAACUUUAAAAGAUUUUUAUAUUCCCUUUUUCGUAAAUCAUGUAUAAUGUUCAUCAUUAUCCAGUGUAUAACCCAUUUUUUGCAUACUUGUGUUUAGUGCAUACUCUCGGGCGUUUGGUGAAAACUUUUGGGCAUUUAGGCAUAAUUAGCCAAUGAAAAAAAAAACACGAAUGACUUUGGAUGUGCCCUAAACGCCUUGAAGUAUUCAAGGAAUAUGUCACAAAAAGCAAAGCUUAAAGCAAGCAUCCUUAGCUAACUGUAAUGACAAUACUAACUCACAAGAAUACUCUUGAUGAAAAAAAAACUGAGCAGAUCUGAACUGUUAGAUAAAUAUGUACUGUAAAGAGUCAAUCCAGCUUAGUAUGUACAGUGAAACUUUGUUCUGAACAUGUUAAGUGUUUUUAAACGCGUCGAUAUUCGUACUAUCAUCACAUUAAAUGUUUUGAUUGUGUUACUUAAGCUUACUUGUAGUGUUAUUUUCGGUAGCUAUCUUAAAAUGAAAACUGUAUUACUGUUUUAUAUCGAAACAUUCCUGGUAAGGAGCUUACAUUUUUAUUGUCCUGUUUAAUGUUUUCGUCUUCGAAAAUAAAAUACAAUUUUUAUUCAGAUUUUUUUUAGUUUUUAUCUAGAAAUAUAUCGUAACCAAAACGCAAUAUGCAUAUUACCAACUAACAUACUCAUCGUAGCAAGGUGGACUUACACAACCCCGCCAAACUAGCAGAUCACUUUUUUUUUCUGAGUAAUAACUAUAUUAUUCAUCAAUCUUCAAAGUGCCUAAAAUCGAAUGAAUGUAUCAAAUGAAUAUCCUGCUUAUCAGUUUAUCCAUAGAACUCGCAUUCACCAUUUCUGAAAACUAUCAACUCAGUACUGAAAGAUCAUCGAAUUCAUCUAUUCAUAUUACAUUUCCUUCGCCGGUCCUAAAAUGCUAACAUUUUCUCAACUAACACGGCUAACUAACGCAUUCCACACAUUCGUGUGUAAUAGAUAGCAAGAGUUCUAAGUAUUUAUCAACACAAGAAAAUCGUGUUCAUUUGUCAGCUUUCAACGUGAUAGUAGAAAAAAUUAAACAUCUCCCAUCAGUCCCAAAAAGCCGAAUUUAAUCCAAACUAUUGUAGCCAAAAUGGGAUUACAAUACGGUGAACUGAAUCUAAACAAUACAAAUCAUGCCAAAUGUAUACAACUACACAAUUACUUAAAGUUUGCCAAAAGUAUGAGAAUUGGAGCCCUUUGAUUGACGGAAACUAAUGGAACAGCCAAAUGCUCAGACGCGUGUACGAAGCGAGUGAUGAUGACUUGAGAAGAUUACGACAUGACGGGUCAGUAGUAGCAGUGUAUCUCACUGAAAUCAACUUAAUUCCAUUUUUAGACGUUUUUUCUAUAUAAAUUUCUUUCCGAGUAGGGCUAGAUAUUUUAAUUAACUAAACUAAAAUACAACCAGUAAGUAGAGUGCAACAGCAGCAACAAUUACAA